CACAGAGCAGAGAGUCCUUAGUCCUGAAUGAAAAGACAGAGUGGCAGUUUGUGGAGCAAAACGGUCCUCUUUCUAGGCUAUUGUCCCAGAAGAUGAAAAGCUGUGGAUUCCUUCCAGACUAAUAUGGUUUGAUGAAACAUGAUCCCCUGAAGCACUGGCCAGGUGCUCUAACAUUGAACACACCUGGGACAAUGCAGACUCAGGCUUCUACAGCCAGGAUGUCUGGGUUUUCUCAGGAUCCCAUGCUAUAGACUUUGACAUGACGAAUAUUUUAAAGAACCCAAAAGCACACGCCACGUCUGUAAACAAGGAGGAGUCAUCAAUGUCAAAAGUAACAAUAAAGUCCCACUACAGGAGCUUCGGUCCAGAGUUUCACCAAGUUCUCUUUGAUUUUAGAGGUCAGAGCCCGCUAAUUUUGUACUAUCUUAAGAUGCAAGAGACAGGUGGUAUUUCCAUCACUCAUAAACUAACAGGAAGUAAAUUAACCAAGAUACUCAAAGAACCACCACCUGCUCCGACAUACUAUGAUAUCAUCAAGGAGACCAAAAGAAAACUUGCAAAGAACCAAAAGGAUUUUAGUAGAGCAAAGGAACGAAUCAAAGACGAUAUCAAGUCCCUGAAAGAGAAACAGGAAAAAAUUGACAAGGAGCUUGACCGGCUCCAAGCAAAGGCUUCCAGAAGCAUCCUAGAAGUGCAAACAGAGUUUGAUAAUUUUCUACAUAAAAUGCGUAUUGAAGCUAAACUCCAGAAGGAACUUAAAGGGUCAUCAACAUCACCAUCCUUAGAUUCAUCACAGCCAUCACAACCAUCGAAGUCAUCAUCGUCCUUAUCCACUAAGAAGUCCUCAUCCAAGUCAGAAGAUUUCAACCAAAUGGAAGAGGGCUAAAGAAAACCAGCAGUGACCACCAUUCAAGAACAACACACAAAAGUUCAGCUGCAUCAGUUUAAUUGUAGCAGUGUUCAAUUGAAAGUACAUUUUGCUAUUCAUCUUUAAAAUCUUCAAAUCAAUAAAUCUCAGUCGUACUUUAGAGUUCUA